AUGGCACUCAUCCGCCUGGCAGACGUGCUACAGGGCCGGCCAGACUACCAGCGGAGCGAUAUUUUCCAGGAGCUGCCCCCCAGCGAUGAGAGAAGACCUUGGUUGGGAGCAGACAGUCUUCAUAGGACGGUGAGUGAUGGUCUGGACACUGUGGAGAUGGACGAUUCGCAGGAACAGCAUGAGUACUUCGUGAACAGCCGCGGCCUGGAACCUUUGCUAGACUUCGUGGGACGCUUCUUCGCGGCCAACGAGGAGCUGAAUCUCACGCUGCUGAAGUGCCAGGAGGAUGUGGCCAAUGAGUUGGAAGAGAAAGACAGGAAGCUGCGCAAUGCGUGGGAUGAGCACGAGACGGAUGUACGAGGGACUGAGUUCUCUCUGACCAAGUUGGCCAAGGUGUACCAGAACUAUUGGAAGGAGAAUGAGAACCGGAUGAACGUCGAGGUACAAGAGCGCCCAGAUGCCAUCUAUCAGCUGUUGCGGGUGCCAGAGAAGAUUUGCAUCGAUCAUGAGCUGAAGGAUUUGCAGGACUUCUGGCACACCAUCUUGAAGACGAUGCUGUGCGACGGUGCGAUGCGAGAGCAGCCCGAGGUCGCCAGGUGGUGCACGCAGGAGCUCGCACCAGAAACGCCACCUAGUGUGCUCUCGAAAGGGCUGGCGGAUUUCCUGCAGGACAACCAGGCGCAGGCCAUUGAUGCAGGCAUCAUGUCCAGUUCGCAGCUCAUUGACCUGGACAAGUACAAGUACUUCAAUCAACACGAUCGCCGCACGAAUGUGUCCUUGGUCUACUUGGAGUUCCCCACUGCUCAGCACCUCUGGGAAUCCCUCCAAGAGCUGCUGAAGCGCGCACAGCGGCUUUUCCUCUGGCAGGUGCGGAAUCGCUUUCGGAUUCCCACGGCCCUGGGGGAGUAUUACAUGGCGCUGAAGUUUCAGCUGCAGCUGAAGGACAGCUCGUUGCACUACGCAGAGCUGCGAUUGUGUUUGUCCGGGAAGUCCAAGAAGCUGAAUACGAUCCAAAUGUUCCGAGAGACCAUGAAGAAGGCGGAAGAGAUCCUUCAUCAGAGCUGCGACGUGCCACUGAUGGAGACUGCCCUGGUGGCGCAGUACCUCACAUCGAUGCUCAGGAGCCGGUCCAUUAGACAUGAUGAUGUGGUCUUCUUGCGCUGCAACGAUGUGAACCUCGAGGUGGAUGGUGAAGACGUUUUCGCCCAGAGUGCUGAACUCACCAGCUGCCAACUCUUCAUGGUGGAGCGCGAGGCUGGCCCUGGCGUGGUGAAGGUGGGCGACCGCAUCCGACUGAAGUCGCAGUUCACCCACCGCUACCUGGAUGUGCAUCCCAGCAGCCACUUGCGGUGCCGCGCCCAACAGCCCUCGUUGGACUACGACAUGAUCUUCACGGUGGAAGUGGUGGGAUGCCGAGAUGAUUAUGCUCUUUCUCGUGUGGGCAUGGCGGGGAAGCUCAAGGAGUAUCGUGGACUCCAUGUGGAGUCCAGCCUCAAGCUCAAGGUCAAUGCCGUGAACUGCGUGACCGUGAGGAUGGGGCAGAACAACUUCUUGACGUCCUUCGGAGAGAGGUUUCCGGUGAAGAGCGAGCCGGUGAAUGUGCUCUCGUCAGCAGGGCAGGUGUUCACCAUCUACCGCGAUGGCGCGCAAGUCCUGGAUUUCCACGCGCUGCAUCAGACGGGGCGGAAGCCCAUCAGGACUUUGGCCUCUCAGACCUCAGAUGAGAUCUUGCAGAAGACCAUGAUGGAGGCGCAUAUGCGGACCGAAAUCUCUGCCCCAUCCUCUGUCGAAGAAGGCUCCUUUCGCCGUGUGCCUCCUGCCUUCAAGACGAUGAUGUGGAGCAUCGCAGGGAACUUCCGAGGAGAUGCGGCCCAGACAAAGAACCUGCCCGAGGCCUCGUUGCGAAAGCUGUGGCAGAUGGGCUCUAUGAACGUGGCGGCUGUGCUCCGGUGCGCUUACAUGUUGCUGGAGGUGCCCAAAGCGCCCGGCGGACGCAGGUACAUUUUGGAAGUGUUCUCGAGCCGUUUGACGCGGCACUCGGUGCUCUCCAGGAUCAUCAGCAUGGUCUCGGCCCUUCAGACGGUAGGCCAAAAGCUGCAGGAGUCGGAGGACCCAGACAUCACCUGCGCCCUGUUGCCCAAGAAGUUCCUCAGGAUUUGUGAUGCGGCGAUCACGAAUCUCCCGCUGUGUCAGAGCCCGGAUGACGUCGAGGGCUCGCAUCAGAAUCAGCGAGAACAAGAGCGCCAUGAACGCGAAUUGGCCACCUUGGACCGCGAGCGCAUUUGGACUCUGAGUCUCGUAGGCACCUAUGCCUGCCGCUUCGUGGUUCGGCCGAUCUUGCGAAAGCUGCAGGUGGCCAGCCAACGGCCCCUGCCGGCCGAUGAGCUCUUGGUCUUCGCGGACUUUGCAAAUUUGAUGGCUGCACUAGUUCAGAGCAUCUUUGACAAUGAGAUGCGUUGCCUCACGCAGGACCAUAAGAAGCGUGCCAGUCCAGAUGCCCUGGCCUUGCAAGACAAGGCAAAAUCCGCCGAGAACGAGCCGCGAACCGCGGGAACCGCGGAGAACAGCGCGGUGGCGACCACGGAGGAGGGUGGAGGAGCCAUCCAAGCCAUCCAACUCUUUGAGCCCAAGAAGAAGGGGGCACGCAAUGCAUUGUCAGAGGAGGGCCGAGCCACCGUGGUGGAAGAGGUGAUCCCGCCCAUCAUGAUCAAGGCUUUGGUUCACCUCUUCCUCUAUGCCAUCCAUCAGGAAGCCAUCGCCUUCCGGAGCGGCGCCUCCAACGAGGUGCCGGUGCGGCUCAUCUCGGCCAUGAUCAACGCGUGCAUUGCAGCGCUGGCAGCUUUGAUGACGUUGACCGGGAGCUCGAGCGCGAAGCAGUUGCCCUUUGAGCCCUCAGAGGCUGGAAGCAAGAUUUCUUGCGACUACGACGUUUGCGAGGCGGUGUCGCAAGCCAUGACGGAAGGAGCACAACUGGUGCCGCGCGCACGGGUGGCACAACUCCAGGUGGAACGAGGGAUCGACGCCUUAAGACCUGAAGUGCAGACGUUGAUCCAGGAGGGCGCUCUCGACUACCACGAGGAGAAGCGGCUCUAUGGUACCGAACGCGUCAGUACCAUCGCCUAUGUCUGGGCCCGGAACGAUAAGAGCCUGGAGGAGCAGCGAUGUAUCUUGGUGACCACCUCGCGCUUCCGCCUGGUCUUCUUGGGCUUCGACGACGAGGUGCCACAGCCCAAGCGCUCGGACCUCUUUGUGCUCGCCGUGCGGGACAUGCGCAACAUCCGCCGCGCCGUGUUCUCCUCCAGGAUCCGGCAGUUCCUGUGCCUUUUGUGGGACCGCACGGAGAUCAACGUCGAGAUGCUGAUCUUCGAAAGUACGUCUCGCAGACGCUACUUCCAAGAGGUCCUCCGCCGUGUGCCGCGCGAGCGGCGGAAGCUGGCCGGAGACAGCGAGGAGGUGAUCACCAGGCGUAAUGCGAAAGGCAUCACUGGCAGUGUCAAGGGCAUUUGGGAGGUGGCCGUCAACCCUGAGACGAUGGCCUCCUUGAUCGAGACCUGCCAGGUCCGCCGGGGCGGCAUUCCCUUAGUGAGCGUCUCAUUUGUACAUACCUUGGGCCCUGCCAAUGUUCUAAGCCAGCGGCUCUCCCUGUUGGUGCUCACACGAUGCAGCCUCACAGUGAUUCCCUUUCGCAGCUUUUGGAGCCGCUUUUGGAGGAUGAAUGUGGAUGAGAAAUACUAUGAUGCGGAUGAGCACGUGGACCAGGCGGCAAUGGAUACGGACUCCGACGACGAUAUCCUCCCACCGUUCAAAGAGACGGUGGUGACAUCCAACGAAUCAGAAGAGAAGUUUGAGGCGUCAAAAGGGCCCUUUGACUUUGACGAUUUGCAGGGUGUUUGGUUCUUCGCCGAGUCCAGCCCGAAGGUGCGGCUGCAAUUCGCGCAGCCAAUUGACAUCACAUUCACCAGUGACGGAGAAAGACAAAGAUUUCGAAGACAUUUGGCCAACAUUUUAUCGGAGGACGCCGCGCCCAAAGCCGGCAAAACCUCCCAGGCCUGGGCCGUCGUGCCCACCGACCAGACGGAUCUGAAGACCAUUCAGAAAGCCACCAAAGAGGCGCAAAGCGUGAAACCCAAGGAUUCACCAAAGAUGGCCUUGAUGGGUAGCUAG